AUGACAUACCCUAGCCGGGUCAUUGAUUUCUGCGAUUGUUCGGAGAACACUUACAUUAAAAUCAAAGAUUUGAUUUUGCAAGUAAUUUCUAAACAAGAAACAGAAAUGGUUAAAGUGGGUGGAGAAGGUAUUGGGGUGCAGUUUGACGAAACUGCUAUCUGUAAUGGGGAGUUAAUAUCUAACCUAAUUUACAAUGGUUAG